CACUCACGCCCAAAGGGCUGGUGGGAUUUGCCGAAAGGUGCGUGAGUACCACAUGCAGCGAGGCGGCGACGAUCCCAGCGCGGGUUUGGCUUGCCCGUCUGUCGUCCGCACAGUUCGCAGCACGGACUCGUCUUUCUUGGGCGCUCCCCUCGCGGACGACGAGGGCGGUCGCCGAUGCCCAACGGCUGCGGCUGGCUCUGACGCAAAUCGCCGAGCAGGUCGCCUGCGGAGCAAGCGGGGCAAUCCGAUGUUCACUUACAUAAACCACAGGAUGGCGUCCAUCACUGAACACCUCACGAAGAGACAGUGGGCAAAUCGCAGGAAGUCGUUUCGGGAUAAGUACAGGGCCUUACCUGACAGAGAGAAGGCGCGUUGGAAUACAAUUUUUCAGAGCGGGCGGGAUAUCCAGGCAAAAUCAUGGCGCCCUUCGGCUCUCCACGACGCAGCGCCUGAACAGACAUCGGCGGCAGCUGGCGCGACAGGAGGCCUUAGCAAACAAGCGACCAAUCGAGUUCACAGCCAUUUGGGGAGGUUCGCUUGACGGAACACUUGCGGUUCAGCAAAGCCCGUGCAUGCCUUUUUCGGAGCAGGCCAUGCUUGAGACUUUCCGAGACAAGUACCAGUCUUCGAUUUCUCGUCUGAGGGGCAGUUCCGGGGGCAGCAGUCCGCAUGCGAUUUCAGUGGAGGUGCCCGAUCGGUGCGCCGUGCUCGGCACAGAUGCCCGCGCCGUGGCAGUUGAUGCGCGGCUCUUAUGGGGGUGCGCUGGGUGUUUGCAGAAUGUCUGCGCACUGGAAAAGACCCAGGAGUUUCGUAACAUCACGUGUGCUUUGUCGAAGUGGGUGGACGCGCCAUCGAAAGAGAGACGAGAAAGUGCGGACGAAGUCCUAUGCUUAGUCGGCGGCGACUCGGGGCCGCACCCCCGUCUGCCAUUAGACGUCGUGCACGUGAUGUUGGGCCCCGCUCUGAUGAGCCCGAAGGUUCAGACGUAUGUACUAUGCUUGGUGGACGGAGCCGAGUCGAUUGAUUUCAAGAUGGGCCGGCUUCGUCGCUUGCCGUGCGAUUUGCAUUUGGGCACCGUGGACAACAGGUUGUGCAGGGGAUUUCGGCGACCUCGUACGUCUCUGGCAUUCAGGGCCAGCGACGAGUUGGCGGACCUCUUGGUGAAGUGUCGCCGCGGUGACUGGGUUGCAAGGCCAGUCCAACAACACAUUCGGACUGAUGCGCGGACGCUCUUGGCCAUGACGACGACGGGUUUCGGAGAUGAGUUCGCUUUGUCCACGGUCGCCAGUGGAGUUCCAGCUAAAAAGAAAAAUCCCGCGCAUGAUGUGCCAGACGUCGUCCUGGCCGCAUGCGCGCAGCGUCGCGAGCGCUCCGAGACAGCGGGGUUCCGCGCUGCUGCGACGUCGGCGUCAUCUCCACCUGCACAUGCGCCAGGCGCCUCGGCAACCCAGCCGACUGGAUCGUUGCCAGAGCUUGCUGCCCUCGAGGACGAGUUCGCCCAGGGCAUCGCUGACGUGGAGCCACCUGAGCUCGACAUCGGCAGCGCCAUCGUCGAGGACAUAGAGGCUGUCAUCUUUUCUGGCGAUGGCGCCUUGAUCGACGAACCUGCCGAUGGCAACGGGCACGUUCAGGACCGACGGGACAACUUCGAAAGCCUGUCAUGGGGGCGUGGGGCGCCAUCGCCACCGAUCCCGCGCUAAGCGU